UCCUUAAUUCUCCCAAACACCAAUGGCACCGCCUCAUGCAGCUCAGACAAUGCCAUUGCCAACGCCAAGACCACCACCACCAUUGGUCGUUCCCACAAACUCCUCCGCACAGACAGUUCGCAUGCCGAUUUCCUUACUACCAGCAAACAACAAAAGCAAACGUAGUUCCACAAACAAAUUCUUAGGCAAAUUUCGUUCUAUAUUCCGGUCAUUUCCCAUAAUUGUGCCCUCGUGCAAGAUGGCUACCUUGAACGGAAACCGAGCAAGUGAAACAAUCAUCCAUGGCGGAACAAGGAUAACUGGAACCCUAUUUGGUUAUCGAAAAGCAAGGGUGAAUCUUGCUUUUCAAGAAGACUCUAAAUGUCACCCAUUCCUUCUCUUGGAGCUGGCUAUUCACACGGGAAAGUUGCUCCAAGAUAUGGGAAUGGGGCUUAACAGAUUAGCAUUGGAGUGCGAGAAGCAUUCCAACAAUGAUAAAACAAAGAUCAUUGAUGAACCUAUUUGGACGCUAUUUUGCAAUGGGAAGAAAACGGGUUAUGGAGUGAAGAGAGAUCCAACAGAUGAUGACUUAAAUGUGAUGCAAAUGUUGCAUGCGGUAUCAGUGGCGGUUGGCGUGCUUCCAAAAGAAAUGUCGGACCCUCAAGACGGAGAAUUGUCAUACAUGAGGGCACAUUUUGAACGUGUGAUUGGGUCUAAGGAUUCAGAGACUUAUUAUAUGAUGAUGCCUGAUGGAAAUAACAAUGGACCCGAACUUAGUGUGUUCUUUGUUAGGGUUUGA